AUGCUCACAGCCUGGGCGCUUCUGCUCUUCUUAGCCAUGUGGGUGAGAAGCACCUCCGGUGGCCCGCUCUCCUUCAGAAUAGCUGCCAUCCUUGAUGACCCUAUGGAGUGCAGCAGAGGAGAGCGUUUAGCCAUCACGCUGGCCAAGGACAGCAUCAACAGGAACUCCAACCGCUCCACCACUGGCAAGUUGGAGGUGGACAUCUUUGAACUGCUGAGAGACAGUGAAUAUGAGAUGGGGGAAACAAUGUGCCAGAUCAUGUCCAAAGGGGUAGUGGCAGUCCUCGGCCCCUCUGCCAGUCCAGCCUCCAACUCCAUCAUCAGCAAUAUCUGCGGAGAGAAGGAGGUGCCCUACGUCAAGGUGGCUCCAGAGGACAUCCUGAAGGUCCAGUUCCCUCGGUUCACCACUCUGGACAUGAGGCCAACCAACACUGACAUCAGCCUGGCAGUGGCUGGUCUUCUCACCUUCUUUAACAGCACCGCCGCCUGCCUCAUCUGUGCUCAGGCUGACUGCUUGUUGAACCUGGAGCAGCUCCUCAGGCGAUUCCUCAUCUCCAAGGAGACCCUGUCAGUGCGCAUGCUUGACGAGAGCCAGGACCCGACCCCGCUCCUGAAGGAGAUCCGAGACGACAAGACCGCCACCAUCAUAGUCGACGCCAACGCCACCAUGUCACAUAUCAUUUUGGAACGGGCAUCAGAGCUGGGAAUGCUGUCCGUCUACUACACUUACAUCUUCACCUCUCUGGAGUUCUCUCUACUACGGCUGGAUGAUGUGGCGGAUCAGCGAGUCAACAUAGUCGGUUUUUCAGUCUUCAACAAAACUCAUCCCUUCUUCCAGGAUUUUGUGCUAAGCCUCAACCGCUCCUGGCAGGAGAACUGUGACCAUGCACCCUUCGCUGGCACCCCACUCUCCUCAGCGCUGCUCUUUGAUGCGGUAUACGCGGUGGUGGCAGCGGUCCAGGAGUUGAACCGCAGCCAGAACGUUGGCGCCACUCAGCUCUCCUGCAAGUCCUCCAAGAUUUGGGAGCAUGGUACCAGCCUCAUGAAUUACCUGAGGAUGGUAGAGUUGGAAGGUCUAACGGGCCACAUUGAAUUCAACAGCAAAGGCCAGCGGUCCAACUACUCCCUGAGGAUCAUGCAGAACAGCAAGGACGGCCUAAGGCAGAUCGGCCUGUGGCACUCUGAAAAUGGACUGUCCAUGGAGAAAAAGCUUCCAUCAAUCAAUGUGACAGACACCCUCUUCAACACCACUCUUACCAUCACGACAAUAUUGGAAAAUCCAUACGUGAUGCUGCGGCACAACCACCACGAGCUGGAAGGAAACGACCGCUACGAAGGCUUCUGUGUGGACAUGCUGAAGGAGCUGGCAGAUAUCCUGAAGUUCAAGUACCGCAUCCGGCUGGUCGGCGACAGACUGUACGGGGUUCCCGGGGCUAAUGGAACGUGGACUGGCAUGGUCGGGGAGCUCAUCUCAAGGAAAGCUGACCUGGCAGUGGCAGGCCUCACCAUCACCGCAGAGCGUGAAAAGGUCAUUGACUUUUCCAAGCCUUACAUGACCCUUGGCAUCAGCAUCAUGUAUCGCGUCCACCUGGGCCGUAGGCCGGGCUACUUCUCCUUCCUGGAUCCCUUCUCCCCUGGAGUCUGGCUCUUCAUGCUCCUGGCCUACUUGGCUGUCAGCUGUGUCCUCUUUCUGGUGGCAAGAUUGACACCGUAUGAGUGGUAUAACCCCCACCCCUGCCUGAAAGGUCGCUGUAACCUGCUGAUCAAUCAGUACUCCCUUGGCAACAGUUUCUGGUUCCCAGUUGGCGGCUUCAUGCAGCAAGGAUCCACCAUUGCUCCCAGAGCUCUGUCCACACGAUGUGUCAGCGGAGUGUGGUGGGCCUUCACAUUAAUCAUAAUCUCAUCCUACACCGCCAACCUCGCUGCCUUCCUAACAGUCCAGAGGAUGGAGGUGCCGAUAGAGUCGGUGGACGACCUGGCAGAUCAGACGGCGAUAGAGUACGGCACCAUGCACGGAGGAUCCACAAUGACCUUCUUCCAGAACUCUCGCUACCAGACCUACCAGCGCAUGUGGAACUUCAUGCACUCGAAGCAGCCCAGUGUGUUUGUGAAGAGCACGGAGGAGGGGAUAGCCCGCGUCCUCAAGUCCAACUAUGCCUACCUGCUGGAGAGCACCAUGAACGAGUACUACCGCCAGAGGAACUGCAACCUGACUCAGAUCGGAGGACUGCUGGACACGAAGGGCUACGGCAUCGGCAUGCCGCUGGGGUCAGUGUACCGAGAUGAGUUUGACCUGGCCAUUCUCAAACUGCAGGAGGACAAUCGUUUGGAGAUCCUCAAGAGGAAGUGGUGGGAUGGUGGCAAGUGUCCAAAAGAGGAGGACCACCGUGCCAAAGGUCUGGGAAUGGAGAACAUCGGCGGCAUCUUCGUGGUGCUGGUCUGUGGCCUGCUGGUGGCUAUCUUCAUGGCAGUGCUGGAGUUUGUCUGGAUGUUAAGGCAGACGCCAGGAAAUGAGCAGACCGUAUGUGAGGAGAUGGUGCGGGAGCUCCAGGGCAUCGUCCUGUGUCGCGACAGCCUUCAGGUGAGGCGCAGGCGACCGUCUUCAGGGCUCAGGCCGCGGCCCUUACCCCUCGAGGAGCGCCGGGCGCGAGCCGCUGCCGUGAGCCUCAGCAAUGGCAAGCUGUGCGGGGGCACCGGACUGCCUGAACCCCUCUCCCACAGACUGGCACAGGAGGCUGCCCUGGUUGCGAGGGGGUGCAGCCACAUACGCAUUUGCCCCGAGUGCCGACGCUUCCAGGGACUGAGGAUGCGUCCCGGAGGGGCCACAGGGGCCCUGCCCUCUCCCACACACAGUGAGGAGAGCAUAGAGUGGGACAAGACCACAAAUAGCAGUGAACCUGAAUAACACCCAGUGAUUCCAGCAGGACUGACUCUCCAGGCAGACACCUCUCUACUUUCCAGGGAUCAAAGAUCAAGUAGUAUUUUCAUACAGCCAUUUGGAGCUCGUCGUUAAAGGGCAGGACGAUUCCCUGGACCUUUUUUUGCCCCAGAGGUAACCGCCAGCAGUCAGCUUUUGGAAUCUCCUUGGUCGUAGGAAGAACUGAUGAGUCUGUCUCAUUGUGGUCUGUCCCUGUCGGCCCUCUGAACCGUAUGAAACAGGACGGGCAAAAAACAGCCACAGGGCUUUUGUACUAUGCAGUAUUUUCAGUCAUUUA